CACGAUCGUCAGUUUGGGUUUUCUACAAGAGUCAGUGCUUCGCUUUGUCGCUCGUUGACCUGUGUUUUUGUUGAAAGUUCGUUAAAUUUUUGUUUAUACUUUUUUUUUGCAUCUAUUGAGUGAAUAUUUGGUUGUUUUGUGAGCAGUAGCUUCGGCAGCAAGUGAAAAAGAUAUACAUUGGCAUGUUGUUAAAUUAAACGACUGUGCCGUUGCAACAUCACACACAAAUACACCUACAAUUUGUUGCAAGUCGUUGCGUGCCGUCACAGCCAGCAGUCGUCGCACAAACACUCACACACAUGCGCAACCACUCACGCACACAUACAGCGACGCAUGCGCUGCAGCAUUUACAAGUUUGUGCAUGAGCGCAGGUGUUUCUUCUGUUUCUCCUUCGCGUGGUUCGGUUAUAUUCAUUAUUUUUGUUUUGUCGUGCCGCCAGUUCGCUGCGAUCCCUUGACGAGUGCGCGAGUUUUGUGCGUGGCGAGUCGCGAGUGAGUUUUCCAGUUCGGAAAUUUAACGGAAACCGGCCACGCUUUCAUCAUUAUCAUCGUCGCUAACUUAACACAGAGAAAGAGAGCGAGAAAGAGAGAGAUAAAUAAGUGCAUGGCCGUUAAAAAUUUCGCAAGCUCUGCAAAUACGUAUACGAAUAUCAUUUGAUUUUUUGUUUUGUGUUGUUUCAAGUGUUGCACCAAACAAAAUAUCUAGAACUAAUUAAAAGUUGAACACCGACAUAUAAAUACAACAACAACAACAACAACAAAAGCAUUGACGACAACUGGACUAACGAGAAAUUGUUGCUCGUUAUUAUGUUGGACACCCCCACAAAGGCAGCUAAAGCAACUGUAGAGUGAGGACGAACGCCAGCUGAAACUAUAAACUGCAGCAGCAGCAGCAGCAGCAGCCGACUGUGUGUGUUGGUGGGUCGAGCUUGGCCAACUAUCAUUGUCUUUGGCAUUGGGCAACAUUUUAAUUGAAAAAGUUUUUGUCUGGUCUGAGGCAAAACGUCACACAAAUAUGACUGUCAAAUUGGCCAAACUCUUUGGCAGCGGCAGCAGCAACAAAUCGAAGGCAAACAGCGGCAGCGGCAGCGGCAGCAAUGCGUCCAAUGCGUUGCCCCUAAAUGGCCAUGGACAUGGCCAUGGCCAAAAUAUGCAGCUACCGGCACCGUCACUGCCACUGCCAGCCAAUGGGAAUGCGAAGCUGAUUAAAUAUUGCGAUCAUCAACAUGAUCGCCAGCGGCCGGCGGCAAUGACCAUUUACGGGCAUGCCUAUGAAUGCAAUCAGAUGGAGGUGGAGCUGGAGAAUGACUACGAUGACAACAUGUCACUGAGCUCGGCCUACAUGCAGCGCAAUCAUCCCUACAACAACUCGCAGCGUCCGCUGCUGGGCGAGCGGCGUCCCCAGCUGCAGCUGACCAAGGCCGCUGGCAAGAAGAAAACGGGGACGGGCUCGCCCAUGGCCGGUAUACCGCUGCCGGCGCCACCUCUGCCGCCGCAGCGCAACAUCAAUGGCGCCAGCGCCAGCGCCAGCGACGCUUACGUCUCUCCGUAUGUGCAGCAACAGAAGCGAGAUAGCGCUAAGGGAUUGCACGGCUUUAACGACUUUGAUGCGCUCUCCCAGCAGUACAAUCAGCAUCUGCAGAGUCCGCACAUUGGCUAUCCGUAUGGCAGUCCGCCGUCGCCGACGGCUCAGUCGAGAGACUUCUGCUUUGAUGGGGAGCGCGAGAAAUCCUUUAAGCCCGUCUCAUCCACCAGUAGCUCGACGGCCACAACCAAAUCGAAUUGUAGUUCCAGCUCGGCAGCAAAUGGCUCACCGCCGACCAAUGCCUGCUAUCAUCCGUCGGAUUCUGGCAAUUAUCUGGACGCACAGCACACGGCGACGGCACAGCUGAUGCUGCACUCGUCACGUUUCGAGGAUGAUUUCUGUACGCGGCGAAAUGUUGAUUUUUUGACCGACACCGAGCGGUCGGGCCUGAAUUCGAAUACGAAUUUGAAUCCUCAUCCUCAUCCACAUCCACAGCCAGUGGGGGGCCCAACAACGGGUCCCUUCAUAUUUGGCAUCUCACAUGAGCAGCAGCAAACGGAUUAUGGCCACCGCAGCAGUUGCAGCAUCGACAGCAUCACCAAAACUAACAUCAAGAGCAACAGCAACAGCAGCAACAGCAACAGCAGCAGCAACAGGACCAGCAGCAACAACAACAAUCUCUAUCAGCCUGUGAUAAAUGCCACGCCUAUUAAAGAACACAAUGCACUGCAACAAUCGCUGAGCGAUACGAGUGCGGACAGCGGCAAAGGUGCAAAGUUUUUAUUGCGGAAACGCAAAUCGAAGAAGACAACGGAAAGUCCGAGCGUUGCGCUGGCAGCGGCAGCGGCUGCGAAUGGCGAGCACAAAGCUAAACGUGGCACACAGCCGUCAGUCAAAUGCGUGCUGGUUGGCGAUGGGGCUGUUGGCAAAACCAAUUUGAUCUUGUCAUAUCUGGAGAAUCGAUUCAAUCCGGAGCAUGUGCCGACGGCAUCAGAUAUUUAUAACGUCGAAGUCAAUGUGAACGAGAGUCCAGUGCACUUGACACUCUGUGAUACCGCCGGCCAGGAUACGCUGGAUCCGUUGCGCGAGCUGAGCUAUCCCGACAGCGAUGUCUUUCUGCUGUGCUUCUCGGUGGUCAAGCCCGAAACGUUUGGGGCCAUCAAAUCGAAAUGGGCUCCCAAAUUUGCCAAAACAAAGGCGGCGCUCAUUUUGGUUGGCACCCAGGCCGACUUGAGGAGCGAUUUGAAUGUGUUGAAUAAAUCGCAGACAAAUGGCGAGAAACCAAUUUCAUAUGCAGACGCCUGGGAUUUGGCAACAACAAUUGGUGCCAAAUACAUCGAGACUUCCUCAGCCACACAGGAUAAAGUCAAAGACGUCUUUGAUACAGCCAUCUGGGAGGGCUUGGUGCCCACAACAUUGCCGCCCACGCCGCCCUUCUGGAAGAAGCUCUUUUGCCUUGCCUAAUGGGAGAGUGAGAGAUACGCAAGAGAAAAACUCAAAAAAUGAAGAUAGUAAAAAAAAAAAAACACUAGUAAUAAUAAUAUUUUUCUUAAAUUUAUUAUAUGCAUAUAUAAUUCUAGAUCUUAAGAAUUAUUGCUCGACUAAUUGUAAACGAUCUACAUAUAUAGUAUAUACAUAUAUAUUUAUUUAUACUUUUGUUUGACAGUGCUAUUUGACUAUGGCAUGCGCACUCAUUGACUGAACUAUUGAUAACGAUAACGAUAACGAUUAUAAUAAUCAAAUAAAAUACAUCAAAGUUAUAUUAUUAUUCCAAAAUUUCGUACACUUAGGACACAAUUGUAUCUGAUAGCAAACAAAAACAUUUUUUUUUUUUAUUAUUAUUAUAAUUAUUGAUUAUUUAGGCUAUCAAGUUCUCGCGAUUAUUGUUCGCAUUUUGAUGAUAGUUCUUAAAUGUUGUAGUCUAAGUAAAUUUUUGGAAGCUUUUAUGCUCGGCUGAAUCAUGUUCAUGAAAGGCUUGGCAAACGAAGCAAACCCAACUGGUGUUACGUCAUUCCAUCCAUAUAAGCAUUAAGUUUUCAAACCCUAUAUGCAAAAGCAACAACAAGCAACAAAAUAUAUACACUUAAAAACAAAAA